GUAGAUGUAUACGUCUCCAUUAUGAUGCAAAAGCGAGAGGGAGAGUAUGGGAAACGUUCAUAGCCCGCCGUCCGGGUUUGGGUGGUCCAACUCUUCAAGAUGAGCUUGCAAGAGGACUAGAGGCAAUGGAAUGCGAACGCUGACGCUGGUGUCGUCUUUCGCAGGGACCUGAGCACGGACUGCACGAUGGCCAGCGCGCCUCGCGGGCGGUUACAGCAAGCCGGUUCGGCAGCGUCGAGGCCUGGCAGUAGCUCCAGCUCCAAAGCGCCGGGCAAGCACACGGCGUCGAGCUCACAACAGCAACAGCAGCGGCAUCAUCAUCAUCAGCACCAUCAACUGGUUGAAAAACGCGAUAGCCAGGGUGAACCUCCCACAUCCGCUCAACUCAACACCCGCGCACGACAAUACGACUUGGCGCAGUUCUGGUCAACACGUCCAUCAUCAUCGUCAGCAGCAGCCCCCACCGAUCCGCGGAACCCGGCCCCAGCCGCCUUACCCCACACAUUCACAUGCGAGCCUUACCUCCAGCGCGACGCCUCUUCCCGCCCCGAAAACCAACCCAACGACAUGACAAAGGGGACAGGACAACUCCUCACCAACACCAUGCUGACAUCACCGCUCGGCCUGCCCGCGGACAGGAGGGGGAUCCCGCCAUUAUCAACCGCGCCCUCGUUCUCGUCGUCGAGCUUGUAUAUGCUGGCGUCGACGGCGUCGUUGGAGUCUAUUGCGGGAACCGUGGACGACGUGGUCGACGAGGGGCAGCAGCAGCAUAACGAGUCGGACGCGGGUGAGGUGUUUGGGAAUGGGGGGCACCAUCACAACACGCAUCCCAACCCAUUCCAAACCACCUCCUCAUCCUCGCACCCCGUCGCACACGCCAGUCCAUGGUCAUCGUCUCACGCGCCCACCCACAAAAAACCACCACGCAAACCCCUCGGCGGCCCGUCCUCGCGCUCGCAACACGGCCCGAUCCUGAUGGGCUCGCUCGUCUCAUGCUGCCACGUGCUGCGCGACGAGAGCGGGAAAAAGGGCUUGUUUUUCGUGUUCCCGGACGUCGGCGUGAGGGCCGGGGGUGUGUUUCGGUUACGGUUUCGGUUGUUUGAUGUCGGGAGACGGGUUAUUGGGGGCACCAACCCGCCCACCGUCCCGACACCAGCCCCAGCCGCGUCCGACGCAUCGACCCCAGCCCGCGCAUCCAGACCCGUCUCGACCGCGUCGUCAUCGCAACGGCCCUCCACCGGCACGACGUCACAAGACCGAGCGAGCGUCGAGUCCGUAUCGCGGGUGGAAGAGAGGGAGGAAGGGGCUGGCGGCCGGCCCGCGCAGGCGACGGUGUUUACGGACGUGUUUACGGUGUUUACGCCAAAGGCUUUUCCGGGGAUGAUGGGCUCGACACCCCUCUCGAAAGCUCGCCGGUACCACCACCACCGCCGAUGGGGUUCGAAAAAGAAGCAUCGGAUUGAUAUAGAUUAAAAGUAAAAAUUACAGUGGCAGUUUACAGUACAAAUGUCCGGGCGGGGGGGGGGGGACCUGCCCCCCUUGACCCUUUUUGGUGGGGGGAUAUACAGUAUGUUUGCUGGUAUGCGUUGGGGGCGCGGGGGAGUAUAUACAGAGGGUUAGGGAGAAAUCGGCGCUGGGGGGUUCUGG